AUGGAGCAAAUUCGCCUCGCAGUCGGCGAGCUUGAACAGGGCAACGAUGAGGCUUGCAUCUCCACACUACAAACACUCCUUCUCCAGCCACGACUCUCUUUAUUUUGGCGCAUUCAUGCACUUGCGCUGCUUGCGCACUCGGAAGAUGGUUGGCUCGAGGCCAAGAACUACCAGAUACAGGCCGAGAUGCUUUGGCGACUGAGUCGUAGACUCCUCGCACGGGGUGUCGACGACGAGUUUGACAGAACUCUGCAGAUCAACCGUGGCUUUCUGGACCAGAUCGCUGUGAUGAUGGUCAACGAGAUGCCCGACGAGCUCAAGGGUUCACAGGAAGAGGCCGAGACAGAGAUCCAGCAAGGGUCAGAUGGGGAUAACGACAGCUCUGACGGUGAUGAAGGACCUGGCGAGGGAUUCGACAACGGCCUCAGCAAUGAAUCCGAGGACAGCUGUGGUGAACGUGGCGACGAAGAUGAGUUCGAUCAUGAAGGAGACGAACAAGAGGUCGAGAUUUUGGAGAUCAGACACGGUUGA